AUGGUCCUGUUCUCCAAGCUGCAAGGAGCCAAGUCGACUGUCGGCAUCUAUCCAACGACCUGCCUCGAGAUUCUUCGUAUACAAGAGGCAGAGGUAGGCAAUGGUGGUAUACUGAGCACUCGCAAUCUCUACUGGGCAAGCACGACUGGGCGAAAGGCUCGAUACAGCCCAGAGAAUAGCAAGGAAUUUUACAUCCACAGAGGUAGUCGAGAGGUCGCGCCAAUGCGAACAUGGCUCACCAACUCGAAGGAUUUACCAAAGCGGCUAAGCCUCAAUACCGCAGCAAGCUCUAUGUUGCAGGCGAUUUGCGAACCAACACCCAAGUGCAUUAUGUUGUACCCUUCUACACGUCUGCAAGAUGAUAGUGUUCUAUCCUUGCAAAAGAUGGUCAUGUCCAUGAUCUCUUUCUUUGCCUCUUUCUUUGUUUUGCAGUUGCUCGAAAUUCAUUUCACCCUUUUAUUACUCGCGAAGUCCACCAUAACCUCAUUGACAACAGUCGUUGAAUACACGACCAUACUUGCAGGCUCAUCUUUGUCUGCAUCCAGCGAGAUCAAAAGCCAAACCGCAAACCUGAACAACACGAUCUCCUCAACGACAUCGAGCUUGACUCUGUCGUCGAUUGCCACAUCAGCAAUCACUCCUCCGAGCACUACCACCCCAAUACCUACCACCAUGUCCACGUCAACACUUAGAUCCGCCAAUAGUAAUGCAACCAACUUGUUAAUCUCGACAUCGUCUUCCUUGUCGAUUUCCAAGUCACCUUCUGCAUCACCUAUCUCGAGCACGGCCACAGCAUUAGUUCUGCUAUCUUCUGCUACCGCUGCUGUCAGUCAAGCUAUCACACCAGGAGUCGCUGCCAAUGCUCCGAGCACUGGACUACAAGUGGUUGCAGCAAUACCUUCAAGUAGCGUUUCAACAUCUUCCACGGCAGAAAGGCCAGCUUCUACCGCAUCGGAAAAAAUAACGCAGCUGAGUUCGAGUAGCACUCUGCAGACAAGCUCUGCGAGCACGUCUCUUCCUGCGGAAAGCACAGCUUCGAGCGUCUCGACCACGAGCGAACCUCCAGUGACUUUGAGCCCAGCUAGCUCUACUUCGCCUCCAACCACCGCUGGUAGCGUUAGUAGCUCGGUGGCAAUUACUGGCCCAAGCAGUACCACCUCUAUCUUGAUGGCGUCUGGAGGUCCGACAAUCGCAGAGUCAACUACCAACGCUAUCCCGACUUCAAUCCUCAUCCUUCCUACAACCAUCCCUUCUCCAUCCUCGACCACAAUAUCGUCUUCGUCAAGCUCAUCAAUCGCUGCUGUAACAGCGACUUCAGAGUCGAAUACUUCUAGCCCUAGUGCCACACCUCUGAAGUCGGCUUCACAUAAGUUGUCAUCUCAGGAGAUUGCCGGUAUCUCAUUUGGUGCAGUCGCAGCUGCCGCAAUUCUGUCACUGAUACUCUUUGCCCUCUACCGUCGACGUCGCGCACAACAGGCAGCCGCUCUUGCAGCUGCUCAGGAUAAACGCGGCUCCUUCCCCGAAAGCGCAUGGCUCUACGACCCUCGCAUGACACCCUCUUCCGUCGUUGCCGUCGCCGCUGGCCGUCUCAGUCGUACUCCGGUCAGCAGCAUCCAUUCCAGUGUUUCCAGCAAUGCAAGCAGAAGAGACGAAACACUGCUCUCCGCCAUCGCGACACCUGCCAUACUGCCAAAGCGCCAACUCAGCAACCCCAUCGGACGUGCCUUGACCUCAAACCCACCCUCAGCCGCAAAACGCCACCGGAUCUCUUCUUCAGUGCCAGAGUUCAAGCCUUUGCCUCUUGCACCUUUCACCGCUACGAACGACUCCACCAUACCUAGUCCUAUCUCAGAAAUCACUCUCGCGCCUAGAGAGUCCAAGCGCGAGAGCUUGCCAGCUAUUCUUAAGAUCGGAGGUGGAAAGAGAAGACCACUUACUGCCGCACCUGUGAUGCAGAAAGUCAAGGCAGGGCCGAAUAAGCCUUUGCCUCCUAGACCAGUGCUUGAUGCAAAGCAUAGACCUUUUAGUUUCGAGGCUGGCGGUGAUGAUGCAGAGCAAUUUGGGAUCGCAAGGUAG